CGGGGCAGCGCCCGCGGCCCGCCGCGAUGGUGUACAUCUCCAACGGACAAGUUUUGGAUAACCAGAGUCGGGCUCCUUGGCGUUUGUCAUCUAUAACAGAUUUCUUCUGGUCGAUAGCAGAUUUUGUGGUUCUGUUUUUCCAGAGCAUUAUUCAACCAGAUUUGAGAAGAAGAGGCUACACAUCUUCCUCCUAUUCAGGAUACAAUGAUGGAAGAGGGCCUCCAACACAUCCUCGCCGAAGGAUGGGUCGAAUAAAUCACUGGGGUGGAGGCCCCAGUCCACCACCAAUGGCUGGAGGUGGAUGAGGAAGGUAA